CAACGUGGGAUGUGGCAGCGGCAGAGCGGAGUGUCAAAACCGGUCCCCUCUACGUCCUGCGCCAUAGAGAAAAAUCCGGAGGUGCUUCCCUUAUCCUGUAUUUGCGCUUUUACGAUACAACAAGAUGUCUGACUGCGUACACGGUGUGAGUUACGAGUUAUGUCGCGAGACGGCAGACUGGCUGAUGUCUCAGACUCAGGUCCGGCCUGUGGUUGGGAUCGUGUGUGGGUCGGGUCUGGGGGGUCUCGCCGAAAUGAUCAAAGACCCGGAAAUCUUCAAAUACUCCGACAUCCCAAACUUCCCCAAAAGCACAGUCCACGGUCACGCUGGUCGUCUGGUGUUUGGGAUGCUUAAAGGAAAACCCUGUGUGUGUAUGCAAGGACGCUUCCACCUCUACGAAGGAUACCCCAUACAGAAGAUCACCCUCCCUAUGCGCGUGUUUAAGCUGAUGGGCGUCCAGACCAUGAUCAUGACCAACGCUGCCGGAGGUUUGAACCAGGACUAUAAAGUGGGAGACGUCAUGAUCAUAAAAGACCACAUCAACAUGCCGGGGUUCGCCGGAGUCAACCCCCUGUGUGGACACAACGAGGACAGGUUUGGGGUUCGAUUCCCGUGCAUGUCUGACGCGUACGACCGGGAGCUGCGUCGGUUGGCUCUUGCAGUGGGGGCGGAGCUCGGGUUCAGUGACUUCCUGAGAGAGGGCGUGUACUGUGUGCUGGGGGGGCCGUCCUUCGAAACCAUCGCAGAGUGCCGCAUGUUGAACAGGCUGGGGGCCGACGCUGUGGGCAUGAGCACGGUGCACGAGGUGAUAGUGGCCCGUCACGCCGGGAUGCGCUGCUUCGCUCUGUCUCUGAUCAGUAACAAAGCUGUGAUGGAUUACGACUCAGAGGAGAGAGCCAAUCACGAGGAGGUUCUGGAGACGGGGAGACUGCGCGCCGAGCAGCUCGAGAAACUCGUGUCCACUUUGGUUGGACGCAUCGAGAAGAACAACAACUGCUGCUGAGAAACACUGUAAAAACAGACGCUAACAGGGCAGAAUUCAGAACAUUUACUGAGAUAUUUAGAGUUUUGACAAGUUAUGUAGACUUAGAUUUUAUUGAUCCACAAGGAUAAGUGUUUGGUCACAGUAGCUCACAAUCAUAAUAUACUAUAAUAACAAAGAGCAACAAUAUAAGUGAUAGUAAUAAAAUUCAAGGAAAAAAAUCAUAGAAGGUAUAGGUAUUAGGGAUGUAACAAUAACCGAAAUAUCAUGAAAUCUUAUCGUCAAAAGCCUCACAAUAAUAUCGAGAGCCAUCACAAUAUAUCAAAUUACAAGUCUGUUUGCUUAAUUGAAGAGUUACUGUGACUUUUAUGUCUUUCUUUGUGAUUUUAACAUCUUUUUCAUUUUGUAAAGCACUUUGAAUUACUUUGUCUUGCCUUGCCAUGGCGCAACAGUAGCUAAAAACACAGGGAACUACGUAGACCAUGAUCCUUUGGUGUUGUCCAUGCAGACAAGAGAAGAAGCACUUUUAAAACUUAAUUCUUCAUAUUAUAACAGGACCAAAGGCUUUUCAAUUCUUUUCACAAUUUUGCGAGUCUCCUCAAAAUAUAAAUAUCAUACCGUAAAAUAUCGUAUCAAGGGAUUUUGAUAUUCACUCAGCAGCAGCGUCUUAACAAGCUGCCAAAGCUUUCCACCCUAAUCGCGUCUUCAGAGUCACUUACAGGCAGCUGGUUGGAACUGUUGAUCUGCCGAACAUAACGGAAUGCUACAAUGACAUCUUUAUUUAUACAAGGAAAAAAAGAGAGAAUACAAUGACAUCUAGAUGAAGAAAACCAUGACAUUUUCUCAGAUUUUGUCAGAGUUAGUAUCACAAACAGUGCCCAAGGACGUCGUGAUCCGCAUGUUUCCAAACGUCUACCGGUUUUGUGACGUAAGCUUGAAUAAAACCUGUGUUCAUUUAUUUCAGUAUUGUUAUGAUCUAGGUUUGACACUAGAAAUUUCUAGUAUUGAUUUUUUUGACAGCCCUAUUCAGACUAGGUUUGAAAAAUAUUAUUCUAACUAGAUAAAUGAAACUGUUAUGGGUAUGAUUGCUUAGUUUCAAUACAUUCUUUGACGCAAAACUGGACUUAUUUGACUAUUGGGUGAAUGUUUUGUACUCCAAUAGAAGUCAAGCAAAGUACACUGAAACAACCAAAUAUACAUUUAAAUAAUAUGCAAUUAUUACAAAUGUUUAGUUAAAAGGCUCCACAAACAAAUACACUAAAAACAAAAAAAAACUUGUCAAAACUGUAAAAAUGAAGUAAAAUGUUUUGAAUUCAGUCAUUUUUAACAAAUGUUCUUACUGUUAUUAUAAGGGCAGAGAUCUUAAAUCAGCUCUCCAGCCUUUAUGGUCAGACUGUGUUAACCUAAAGCUUAUUUAAGUCUAACUUGAGUAACUUUAAUCACCAUAGAACUGCCAUUCACAAUUGUACUUGAGUGAACUUUUUUUUAUCUUAACGUCCAAUUGUACUUCUGAUUUUUUUUACACUCCUUCCAGUUGCUUAAAUUGUAGAUUUUUAGUUUUGUACUGUUUACAUAUUUUAUUGCUUAACUUAAUAACUUAAGAUUAUAAUUAAUAUAGAUAUUUAAGGUUUUAGUGUCUGUUACAGCUGAUUUUUUUUUUAAAAAGUGUGAGUAACUUAAAGGGAGGGCAAUGGACCAAUUUAUGCUUAAAUAUACAGUAUGUAAUAUGUAAUUUUUAAGGUGGAGGUUCUGCCUGCUGCUCGUUUCCAUGGAGAUGUCGCUGCUGCUAAGUUCUGCGGUGUGGCAUUAAACGUUUAGAUAUGUUUAAUGCCAUACUGUGGAACAUUCCUGGCAGUGCAAUAUCGUCUCAAAGGAGGCAACAACUAGAAACGUUACACAUUGUACCUUUGAAGUAGCAUAGUGGCAUUUUUAGAUUUAUACAUUUGUAUAUUAUUGUUAGAUAUUUAAGUAAAGAUAUAAAAAGUGUAUAAUGUUAUAACAUGCUGAAUUGUUUUGGACCAAAAAGAGCCGUUUCUUGCAAAAUCCUUGAAAAUUACUGUUACUGAGAAGUGUACAAAGUGGUUUUAUGAAUGGACCUAAAACUGUAAAAUAAAAACUACUUGGAAAAAUAAAGCCAGUCAGCAGGAA